AUGUUGGCUCGAGCAGCACCCAUAGAAGAUGCUGUUGUUUACAAUGGCAGCCCCCGUUAUCCGGCUUGGUGCACCGUAGGGGAGAGGGUGACAGCAAAGCCUUCGCGUGGCCAUCCUUGUCACUAUACCAACAAGUGGCCAAAAGGUACAGGCUGGGAGUCGAACCCUAUGAGAGAUGAUGCCCAACGUUGCACUACCUGA